GUCAUUUCUCUGUACGAUACGAUUUUAGCCAUAUCUAUAAUAAUAGUGCUGUAAGCGCGAAAACUCGUCUUGUUGUAUUUCUUUGAGUUCGUUGGAGUAUUCUUGCACACCGGUUGCCGUGAUGGACGCGAUGCAUGCGUGUCGCUGCUGCCUGCGGUGUGCUGCGGACAAGGACCUGACGUCGCCGUACACACAUCUCGGCAAAACGGAGAUAUAUGCCGACAUGAUCAUAGAGAGCUUCAAUAUACAUCUGGUACUAGGCAGUUUAGGCUCGUGCGGCAUCUGCUCGGUGUGUGUGGCCCGCCUGCGAGACGCGAGCGACUUCAAGCUGCAAGUCCAGUGCAGCCAGGCAGAGCUGCAGAUGUGGCUGCAGAGAGCGAGCGUCAAAGAGGAAGAACCCACAGUUCAGCCAGAACUGCCAGAUGGAGAUGGAAACAGUGAGAAGCCUGUCUUGUGUGAAGAGCCCCUGGUCAAGCAAGAGACGCUGGACGGAGAUGGAGCACCUGAUGAGAUGUUGUGUGAUAUCCACAUGGCGGAUGGUGAUGGGGAGAGCGUCGAGGACGACCCGCUGUUGGAUGAAAACCUUCUAAUCAAGCCGGAGAUGGUGAACGAAGAUAAGCGAAGCGAUGAAAUGUUGCAUGGCAGCGCCGGCCGCGCCAGGGAACAACCCGCGACGGCUUGUUCCGUGGUGUUUGAGCGCCUCCGCGACAACACGACUUUUCACAGUGGAGACAAACCAUACGGCUGCGAUCACUGUGGAAAAGGUUUCAGAAACAAGUCUAUUUUAAAGACACACAUACAAUACACGCAUUUGUCAACCGGGCUAAAGAAAUUUUGUUGUAAUUUUUGUAGUUCUACAUUCCUAACUAAAUCGCUUGUAUUAGAGCACGAAAAACGCGAACAUCGCGUUACAAAAUUAAUGUUUCCGUUUAAAAGUGUUUUCUACAAAUACCAAGCGAUACACACUGGAGAGAAGCCUUUUCAUCAAUGUAUUUACUGUGAUUACAAAACUCGUUAUAAAUCCGGCAUCCUAAACCACGUAAGAACUCACACCGGAGAAAAGCCUUUCAAAUGUAGUCAUUGUGAUUACAAAUGCAGUCGAUCAUCAAUCUUACUAACACACCAGAAGAUACAUACCAAGGCCAAGCCAUUUAAGUGUAGAGAGUGCGACUACAUGUGCAGGCAGAAAGGAUCCUUGAUAAAGCACCAGAGAAUACACACUGGAGAGAAGCCAUACACAUGUAGUCAUUGUGAUUUCAAGUUCAGUGAUAGCUCAAGCUUACGACAACAUUUAAUGACACAUACUGGCGAGAAGCCUUAUCAAUGUAGCUACUGUGAUUACAAAUUUAGUCGUAAAUCAAAUUUAAAAAGACACCAAGUGGUACACACUGAGGCAAAGCCAUACAAAUGUAGCAAUUGCGAAUACAAGACCAAUCGGCAAGGAGAUUUACGAGAUCACCAAAGAGUACACACCGGAGAUAAGCCGUACACAUGUAGUAAUUGCGACUACAAAUGCAGUAGACGGGCAAGUUUACGAAGACAUAAAAAGACACAUGCUAACGGCCCUACACACAAAAUCACAUGUACUGGCGAGAAGACAUUUACAUGUAGCUACUGUGAUUAUAAAUGUUCUCAUAAAUCUAAAUUACAAAAACACCUGAUGAUACAUACUGGGAAAAAGCCAUUUGAAUGUAGCAAUUGCGAUUACCAGACCAAUCGCAAAGCAGACUUACGAGUUCACCAAAGAAUACACACUGGAGAGAAGCCGUAUGCAUGUAGUCAUUGUGACUUUAAGUGCAGGCAAAGCUCAAGUUUACGAAGACAUAAAAUGACACAUACUAAGAAGUAAAAGAAGUACGCGAUAGCCGUUUUAUUUGACAUGAGCAAGGCAUACCUACGACAGAGUGUCACACCAAAUUCUUUUAAAUAUACUACAUCAAUUAGGAGUUCGUGGCCAAGCUCAUGAUUGGUUUUCAUCAUAUUUGAAAAAUCGUAAGCAAACUGUAGAAGUUGAGUAACACGAUUUCGAAAAGAAUAUGACCAGUGUUGUUAGUUCUAGUAACCAAAUAACAAAUAAUUCUAUACCACAAGGUACCGUGUUAGGAUGUAUCUUAUUUUUGUUAUACAUAAAUGACUUACCUAAUGUUUUGUAUCAUAAGUGCAUCCUCUACGCAGACGACAUAACUACCGUAAUUAAGUGUAGCAAUAGGGAAGAUUUAGAGAUACAGUUACAACUAUUUUUUGACCAGAUAACAAAUUGGCUUAGUGAUCAUAAUCUUAUGCUAAACGUUUCUAAGACAAAGUUGAUCCAGAUUAUACCUCGUCCAAAAAAAAAGCCUUAAACAUUGAGUAUGUCUACGGUUAGCUCAUGCUCUCUAUUAGGAGUUGAGAUCGACUCUGGACAAAACUGGAACGCCCCAUAGAAAAAGUAUCGGGAAAACUGGCUAGGUUUACAUUUGCACUUUGUGAAUUAAAAAAAAUUACUAAUAUACAUACCGCCACUAUUGCAUACUAUGCUUAUGCUCAUUCAUUGUUAAGCUAUGGUGUCAUAUUAUGG